AUGGCGCAAGCCGCGCUGACGGCGCUGGACACGUGGACGGCGCGGGAUUGGCGGAAGGAGGAGCGCCGGUGGCGCGAAGAGCUGCGCCGGUGGCGCGCGGAUGACGUGGCGUUCCGCGCGGAGGAGAGGCGAUUCAAAGCGGAAGAGCGGAUGUUCCGCGCUGUGCGACACAGGUGGCGCCACGAGAUAAUGCAGCAGCGCCACGUGGACAACGCCAUGCACCUGUGGGAUCGGUAA